AUGAAUCGCGCCUGGACCAAGCCCAGUCACCGAAUCGCGGCCGCGGCACGACCCGGCCAACCGAAAAGUUGUACCAUUCAUCCUGCUGCCAGCACCUCCGCAGGAGCCGUCUUCUUGCUGAUGCUAUUUUGUAGCUCCGCGAUUUUUUCCUCGGAGCAAGCUAGCACGGUGCUUGCGGUCCGACUGAACAAGAUCGGUUUUCGCUCUGCGGCAACAAACCCAAACAAACUGGAUCGGUGCAGAAAAUUUCGGGAGCAAGUGGCCCCUGUGGUCAGCCGCCGCGUUCGCGUCGGCCAGGAAAUGCGGGCGCAAAACCGGGCUUUCCACCUGAAUCCCUGUGCGAUAUUCGGGGAGGAAAAGGAAACAGCAAAGAUCUUAACCACUGGAGUUCCAAUUCCUGGCACCAGCAGCGCAGGCGCGACAAAAUCUUCCGAGUAUAGUUCCGCGUCGUCGGCCAACAGCAGCCGGUCCUCGACUAUCGAAGAAGCUUCGACGUAUCACCACCUGCAACAUCUUCACACCAAUAUCACCAACAGCACCGCGCCCCCGACUACAGGAGGAGCCGCUGCCUCCCAUUUACCAGUUGUCGCUUCGCCGCCUCCGUUCCAGUUGUCACCCCGCAACUACCACCCCUUCAAUAUGUGAGGAAGGUGAUCUAAGUAAAAUAAGCAAGCUUCGGCCAGGGAACUGCGUGCUACUGGCCGUGGGGAGGAAUUCAGACAUCGAGACACUUAUCGCCUGAUUUCCUUCUCAUUCCAGGUCCACAUCAAGACCCUCAACCACUUUCUGUGGAAUUCGGAGCAGCUGCUGCGGAUGAUGUUGAAAAUAAAAGCGAGAAAAUGAUUGACAAUUAUGCCAGCACUUUGCCGUAGCCUUCCUAGAAGCUAUGAUCUACAGGAGCAAUAAAAGAUACUAGGUUGUACAAGUUGUACUACCACCAGCCAUCUUCUCGAAAUCGAGAAAUGAAUUUAUUAGCGAUACCUUUAAAAAAGUAAAUGAACACAAAGAACCACGCAGUCGCAGUCUAUCUUGAUUCGAAAGUCGAAGUUGUAGUUGACGCAACUCCAGUACAGUAUGUCUUCUCGUCCUGAAAGAAUAUCCCUACCUAAGAACCAUAGAGAAUCCGCGAAAAUAAAUAUCGAUGAAGUCAUCCAGAAAGAACAGUACAGUACUACAAACGGAAGGAGAAUUAGCGAUUUGGGAUAGCAAGAAGGGGAAGAAGAUGAACUUCGAUUUCCACCUGUUAUAACCCAAAUUUAAUGAUUAUGGUCGUACUUCAUAUACGUUCCACCGCGCGCACAUUUUUUUUUUUCUGAUCGAAAAUAGGUGUUUUUGUAGAAUAAACCAUGUGUGCAGACCCUGUGAUAUACAACCAGAAAGUUCAUGGUGAACAAAAUGAAGUAACUUGUUACUUCACGCCAUCGAACGAUUGAUUCGAUUCCAUGAUGUUGAUAUCUUCUCUACUACUACGCAGCG